GAUAACAAAUUUGUUUUGGGGCAUUUUAGAGUUUUUAAGGAACGGGCAAAGCAUUCGGAGAAUUCUCUAAUAAAAAAAACCUCCAACAUCCAAAAGCGAUCUGAUUACAAGGGCCAACUUUCUUUCCGAAUCGAAGAUCAAGCUCCUCUGAAAUCAACAUGCCAUAUGGAGUUAGAACUGCUGACAUUAAAGAACCUUGAAGGAGUGACUUGACAGAUCCAGUCAUCGGAUAACCAAAAUAACACACAAAUCCGUUCUUCAAAGAAAUAUUCAAAGUCAAAAUGGGUGCUAUUGUUGAUAUGCUGAGAGCCCGACGCAAAGGACCGAUAAGGCAUAAGGCUAAGGGACGCAUGAGGCCUAAGAAAAUUCCGGCGACGUCUAGUGAAACUCAAUCUGGUUUUCAAGAAAAGAGUAUCAGGAGUUUCAACCAUGAAGAUAUAUUAUCCGCCACAAACAAUUUUUCUGAUAAAAAUCUCAUUACGGAAAAUGCAUUAGGACAGGUGUACAAAGGACAUCUACUUUUGAAUGGGGACGUAAUGAAUUUUACCGUAAGAAGGUUAUGUUAUACAUAUGGGUUAGGAGAUGAAUUGCAGACAGAGAUUUCAACGCUUAAGAGUCUCAAUCAUAGGAACAUCAUCUCUAUUUUUGGGACUUAUGAUGAGAAUAAUGAAAAGAUCAUCAUUUACGAGGAUGCAAUUGGAACUCUUCACCAAUUCUUAAAUAAUCCAAGUCUCACAUGGUACAACAGACUUCAAAUAUGUUUAGCUGUUGCGCGUGCCCUGAAUUACAUCCAUUAUGAUGUCAUACAUUGUGACAUCAAUAGCUCGAAAAUAUUUUUAGAUGAAAAUUGGGAACCCAAGAUAUAUGGUUUUGAACUUUCGACAAAGUAUCCUCAAAGUUGGAGGCAUCGUCUUCUCUACUCUCACUACUUCAACACCAACAACGUGACACCUAAAUAUGAUGUUUACUCCUUUGGUGUGUUAUUACUUGAAGUCCUUUGUGGGAGGAAACCAAUGCUUACAAAUGAUGUCAUCUUGGAAGAACUAGAUGAGAUCAUUGAUCCAAAUAUAAGGAAUCAAAUGGACAUACAAUCGUUGGCACACUUUAAAAACAUAGCUUAUAACUGCUUGAAUCAACAACUUGAGCAACGUCCAACAAUGGAUCAGAUUGUCAAAGAACUUGAAGAGGUGUUGGAACUUCAACAGAAAUAUGCAAAUCUUGAACACUCAAAAGCUGGCACAUCAUCCCAGAAGUACUUGAGGAUGGAUUUCUUGAAGAUCCCACUAAGCAAAAUAAGGAAGGCCACAAAUGAUUUUGAUCAGACAUACUCUGUUGGAUCUGGUGGGUAUGGUAUAGUGUACAAAGCAAAUCUUGACGUUUUGAAUAUCAAAUCUUUGUCAUCAAUAGAAGGGAGGUGUAAAGAUGAAUUGCCAAUGAUAAACAAAACAGCAGCUAUAAAACGCAUUUUUAACAGAGGGGAUGAACAAGGUAAACAAGGAUUUUUAACAGAAAUUGAGUUGCUUACUAGUUGUAAGCAUCCAAAUAUUGUCUCUCUUCUUGGCUUUUCUAGAGAAGGUCAUGAAAUGAUUCUUGUUUAUGAGUAUGCUGUAAAAGGAAGCCUUAGUGAUUAUUUUCAAAACAAUGGUAAAACUGUUAAUCUUACUUGGGCACAAAGGAUACAAAUUUGCCUUGAUAUUGCACAUGGAGUUAAUUACCUCCAUACCAACAUGGAGGGAAAACCAUGGAUUAUACAUCGAGAUAUAAAGAGUGAGAACAUUUUACUAGAUGAAAAUAUGAAGGCAAUGGUUGCUGACUUUGGGCUCUCUGUAUCCAAUCCUAUGAGGCAACAAGCUAGCACUAUCUAUACAAAAAACAUUGCAGGCACAGAAGUUUAUAUGGAUCCAGAAUUUUUGACUACAGCUAAGUACAAAAAGGAAUCGGAUGUUUACUCCUUCGGAGUAGUAUUAUUUGAGGUCCUAUCAGGGAGAGUGGCUUAUGAUUCAUUGUACCUUAAGGAAAAUAGCAUGGGGCUUGCACCUAUUGCAAGGCGACGCUUUAACGAGGGAACAUUAAAGGAACUGAUAGAUCCUAAGAUAACAGAAGAAGACGAUGAUCACUUUUUUACUUUAAAUAGAGGCCCCAAUCAAGAUUCCUUUGAGACAUUUUCAAAAAUCGCAUAUCAUUGUCUGGCAGAAACUCAAGCCAAGCGUCCUUUAAUGGACGUAAUCAUCAAGGAACUUCAAAAAGCAUUACACUUGCAAGGGGAGCCCAUGGUACUCUCAAGGUUUCAAUUCAGUGAUAUAGCGUUGGCUACCAAGAACUUUGCUGAAACAUACUGUAUUGGUUUAGAUACAAAUAGUAUUUUGUACAACGCUGAGCUAAAUCAUUUUGGAAACAAUAGUUCGUUGAAAACAAAUGGGAAGAAUAACUACGAACCAUCCGGGAAAGACAUCCCCGUAGCUAUAAAACGCACUACUUGUAAACAAGAAUUCUUUGAAGAACUUGAAAUACGUACCAGUUAUAAGCAUCCCAACAUAGUUUCUCUUAUUGGCUUUUGUAACGAAGGUGAUGAAAUGAUCCUUGUCUACGAGCGUGUUUCUAAGAAUAGCCUUGACGACUAUUUGAAAAGCACCGAUAGCAUGGGUAAUUUUACAUGGACCCACCGUCUACACAUGUGCCUUGAGAUCGCACGUGGACUUAAUCACCUCCACGCCAAGAUGGUCAACCCGGAAAGGAUAACUCACAUUGACAUAAGGAGUGCUAACAUUUUGUUAGAUAACAACCGUGUGGCAAAAAUUGCUUAUUAUGGGAUCUCCAAGUUACAUCCAGCAAAUCAGGAGGUACACAUGAAAGUGUAUGAGGAUCCAGAAUAUGAUACAACAUGUAACUUGAAAAUUGUAUCAGAUGUUUAUUCUUUUGGUGUUGUUCUUUUUGAAAUCUUUUGUGGGAGGUUGGCAUAUGAUCCAGUUUACAUUAAAGAAAAUGAAAAAGGGCUUGCACCAAUUGCACACAAAUAUUUCACUGAUGGAACCAUAGAGAGAAUAAUGGAUCCGAAGCUGAAGGAAAAAACUGGUGAAGAUCUUUUAGAUUCCCAUAGAGGACCCAAUGGAGACUCUUUGAAGGCAUUUUUGGAAAUUGCACAUAAAUGUUUGGGAAAAGCUGCCGACCGUCCUACGAUGGGAAUGGUGAUCAAGGAACUUGAGAUAGCAUUAAAUUUUCAUGAAGGUCCCCUGAAAAAACUCCAAAUUUCAUGUAAAGAUAUUGAAUUCGCCACAGAAAACUUUAGCGAAAAGAAUUGUGUUGGAAGUAGUAGUUCUUGGAAGGCAUAUAAAGGAGAGCUUCCAUUUCCACAAGAUAAUGCUAAUGCUAAUGAGUGCACUACCAUUGUUGCAAAGCGGUGGGAUAGCAAGUUUGCUCAAGCAGAUCGUGAAUUUCGGACAGAAUUCAAUAUUCUUGUCAAGUGUAAUCAUGAGAAUGUCAUUGGUCUUGUAGGAUAUUGUAAUGAAAUGGAUGAAAAAAUCAUCGUUUACGAGCAUAUGCCUAAAGGAAGUCUGGACCAAUAUUUAGAAGAUGCUAAUCUAACAUGGAUGGAACGACUUGAGAUAUGCAUAGAUGUUGCAAGCGGACUGGAAUUCCUUCAUCAAGGUGAUGUAACGCUAAAGAAGAUGAUACACGGGGCCAUUAAAAGUUCUAGUAUUCUACUAGACGAUGAUUGGAAGGCAAAAAUUUCUAACUUGGAGUUGUCUUCAUUAGAUUCAUUACAUCAGGCGACGAAACAUGUCAGCAACAAUGCUUACGCUACAACCAGCUACCUUGAUCCACUGUACAAACAAGGUUUCAUAACCGAAAAAUCAGAUAUAUAUUCAUUUGGUGUGGUUUUAUUUGAGAUCUUGUGCGGAAGAUUGGCAUGGGUAGAGGAUCAUAAAGAUCAUUCUCAAUCUUUAAGCUCCUUGGCUAAAAGGUGCUAUGAAGAAGGAAAACUUCAUGAGAUAGUGUUUGAGGAUAUUAUAGAACAAAUUGGUCCAGAAUCAUUGGCCACAUUUGCAGAUAUUGCUUAUCAAUGCUUACAUGACAAGAGUGACGAACAGCCAACCGCACGUGACGUGGUAAUACAACUCAAGAAAGCAUUGGAUGUCCAAAAAGAUUAUGAUAUAUGGGAGACCCAACUGCCUGAAGACUAUAAAGAAAUAAUCCAGAUGUCAAAAAACCCUGAAAUCUACUCUACCGCAAAAAGAAAGGAUAUUUAUGACACCCUCUCCAAAGGAAUACUCAUUCAAGAGGGCAAAGUGUGGUUUUCACUCGGAAGUAAUGGAGAAAGAAAUGAAAUUGUAUCAGCAAGCCAUUUUUCAUACGAAAAUGAUUGCUCACAUAAAUGGUCUUCUGUUCCAGAAUCAAGAUUUGAUAAAGUGGUCGAGCUGUUAGAUAUUUCGAACUUGAGUAUGCAAAUAAAUAUAAGCAGUCGAUCUUUAUCCUCUGGUGUCAACUACGGUGUUCAUCUUGUCUUCAAAUUUUGCGGGGCAAAAAAAUCUGUAGCUAAACGGAUGCAUGUGAAUCUAACUUACAAAAUGGGGAAUGAAACUUUACAUGCCUAUUUUGCAACAUGGAGAGAAGAUGAGUGGAUGACUAUUGAAUUGUAUCGUUUCAUGAAUCACAAAGAAUCAGACACAACCGACUUUGAGUUUCUAAUAACGAGCUUUUCACGAUGCUAUUGUGGAAAUCGAGCAAUCUUUGUUGAAGGCAUCGAGUUGCGAGCCAUUAACGAUGUGAAACCUGAAGAAAGCACCUUAAUGGAAGUCCAACAAGUACCGCAGACAACCUCACACUUGGAUCAGCUGCAACCAUUGCCAACCUAUGAUAUUUCUUUUGAUAUUUGUAGCAUAUUCUCUCAAACUCUUUUGAGGCUGUUCGGAAGGAGGAACAAGGCGGGACAAUAUUACAUGCUUUCAGCAUAUGAGGCCUUUUGUGACUCUUUUAACGCGAAGCGUUUUAAAUUGAGGCCCUCAACUGAGUCCAGAUUUCCAAAGGUGGCCGAGCUUUUAUCAACACACGUGUUUCGUAUCAAGUGCAAGAUUGAAAAUAAAAUGUUGUUGCAAAAUAUAGAAUAUAGUUGUUACCUUGUGUUCAAGCUUUCAGAGAAGUGUUCGGGGUUGCAUUGUCCAGUGAUAGUGCGAGAUCUACAUCAACGGAAAAAUAAACAAAGUGAAGUUGUUUAUUUAAGAUCCCCGAGUUCGUGGAAUAUAGAAAAUGUUAAUCAGGUUCCUCAAGAAAGGGAAGAUGGAUGGAUGGGGGUUUGCGUGUGGAAAUUCAAAUCAAGUAAUGAGCUCCAAAAUGAUUGCAUUUCUGUAAAUUUGAAAUUUAUAAGUUAUCAAGGAACGAUGUCCGGACUUAUUGUAUGUGGCCUUGAGUUUCGCCCCAUGUAAGCCCAUCAAUAUGAGAGCAUUAUGCCUUGUUGUAUUUGUAUUUAAAGUUUGUUGUUGAGACCAUGGUGUUCAUAUUCAAAUCAUUGUUGAUUUUGUCCCUCAAA